CCUAUAUAAACAGGUUGUGCCAGCGAUGCCUCUUACUCUGUUUUUUUCAUCACAGUCAUUCCUGGAGAGGAAUACAACAGGAGUAACACAAUGAAUAAGCUGCUGGUCAUUACUGUGCUAGUUGCAUUCCUCGCUCUCAGCGCUGAAAGCUUCCGUGUGCCAAGGCAGACUGAAGAGGAAGAGGGGACCCUGGCCAAGAUCACAGGUACCUUCAGGUCCUACUAUGACGGUGCUGUCAACAGUGCCAGUGGAUACCUGGAAAGCAUUAAGGGCCUGAAGCUGGAGGAGAAAGUAAAGAAUCUUUACACUGAUACUACCACAGUUGUGAGCACCUACGCUGGAAUUGUGAACGACCAGAUUUAUCACAUCUUUUACUCCCAGUAGUAAACAAAAACUGAUUUCCAAUUACCUCAGCUACCUUUUCUGACAGAGUAAGAACUUUCAAGCUCCACACGAAAGGCCCAAACGUCAUUUGACACUGUGAACUCAGUCGUAUCUCACCGCACCCAAGCCUCAAAGCCUCAAACAGCAUCCUCAAAAAUACUGGACCCAGAGCUCUUUGCUGCGCUUUCUUGGACCACCACACUGGUGGUAAAUGAUGAUAACCACCCAAAGGGGACUGUUAUCCUUUGAAAAAAAGCUUACACAGAGGAACUGGACAGAACAACUUGGCAAGCGCAAGCAAAAGAGCACACAGCACCUUAUCGUGUACCAACAUUUUUCUCCAUGGGUCUCAGAAUCAGAAAAGCCAUGAAAAUAAUGCAAAUAUUAAUGAUCUAACGCCACCUACUGGUGUUUUUUGUUUUCUCACAGUUGACUAAAAUGGUCAUCACUGAAUAAAUUUAACUAUGUGUGUCAUAUCUUGAAAUAAAAUAUUUAUA